UCAGAUGAUUUUCUCGGUAGUUAUAGUGUUUCAGGGUAUACUGGAUAUACUUGGAGGUCCAUUAAUAAAUAAUAAACACUUCGAAAUUAUACAGUUCCAACAUAAGUUUGGUUAACUGUGGGUGUGACCAAAACAUAUUUUUUUAAUCGUUUUAAUUUAAAGUAAAAUUUUGGUUAACAUCGUGCUAAGAGAAUAUUAGCCUGACCAAAUUUUAAGUGUAAGUGAUCAUGGGUUCAUGUGCGUCAAAACAGCCUAAGGAGAUAAAUCCAAGUGGUAAUGUAUCCAAUGCACAAGUGAGACGAGAUGGUCAAAGAAAAGCGUUAAAAAAGCCGUCUAAUGCGAACAGUACUGUUGUUGCGGAUCCUAAUAUUACUGGUUCUAAUGGGAGUGCAACUUCAGAAACAAUUGGUAAUGAUAUUAAUGGUAAAGUUAAUCUAGAUCAUAAUACUUCAGCAGAUUCAUCAAAUGAAGUAGAAAAACAAACAAAUACGCCAACUACAACUCUUACUAAUGGAACUGUCCCUGCAGGUAAUGGAUCAACUGUUAAUGGAAGUCAACAACAACAACCGCAACAACAACAGCCAGUUUCUAUCAACCCCGUUGAUGUUGCUGCUGCUCAAUCACAAUCAGAUUCAAAUGAAGUUAAACUUUUAUUAUUAGGUUCUGGAGAGAGUGGAAAAUCUACUAUUGUUAAGCAAAUGAAAAUAUUACAUCAAAAUGGUUAUACACCAUCAGAAUUACAAGAAUAUAAGCCAUUCGUAUAUAAAAAUAUCUUGGAUUGUAUUAAAAAUGUUAUAAAUGCUGUAAUUGAUUUACAGCCAGAUUUAAUUAAUAAGAAAGAUGAAGUAAAACUAAUAGAAGAGGAAAAUGGAGAACAAGACAAUGAUGAAGAAAUUAAUGAUGAAAAGAUAAAUAAUGAUCAAGUUGUCAAAAAUGGUAAUAAAUUAAGAAAACAUAUUCUUGAAUAUGAUGAUUUAAAUGAUGUGUUAGAUUAUGAAUUUUCAGUUGAUUCUGAACAAAUUUUUAAUCCAGAUAUUGCCAAAAAGAUUAAACAAAUUUAUAAUACCCCUGAAAUUGAACAUUUUAUUAAAUUUCAGCAAGGUAAAUUUUAUUUAAUUGAUUCUACUCAUUAUUUUUUAUCAGAUAUAGAUAGAAUAACUAAUCCAGAUUAUGUACCAUCAGUUAAUGAUAUUUUAAGAACAAGAAAGAAAACUUCAGGAAUAUUUGAUUUUAAAUUUGAAAUGGGUAGUGGUUUAAAUAUUCAUAUGUAUGAUGUUGGAGGUCAAAGAUCCGAACGUAAGAAAUGGAUUCAUUGUUUUGAUAAUGUUACAUUAAUUAUCUUUUGUGUAGCAUUAUCAGAAUAUGAUCAAACUUUAUUAGAAGAAAGUAGUCAAAAUCGUUUAGAAGAAUCAUUAGCAUUAUUUGAUUCAGUAGUUAAUUCAAGAUGGUUUGCUAGAACAUCAAUUGUAUUAUUUUUAAAUAAAAUUGAUGUUUUUGCAGAAAAGUUGAAAUAUUCACCUUUAGAAGAUCAUUUCCCCGAAUAUACUGGAGGUGAUAAUAUUAAUAAAGCUGCUAAAUAUAUUCUAUGGAAAUUUAAUCAAGUUAACAGAUCAGGAUUAAAUAUUUAUCCUCAUGUCACACAAGCUACUGAUACUUCAAAUAUUCAAUUAGUUAUGGCAGCUGUUAAGGAAACUUUAUUGGAAAAUUCCUUAAAGGAUAGCGGAUUAUUACAAACUACUUGAAUCAAUCCUUAUUUAGGCAUUAUUCACUAAAGACUUUACGACUAUCUCAUCAAUUCAAUACGAAUUGUAUUUGCAUACUUUUUUUUUAUAAAACAAUUUAUCACCAUAUAACUUUAUUAGGUGACAUUUACUUUUCUUAUUGAAAAGCAUUAUUAGUUUAUGGUGUAAACGUGCUUUAUCUAUUUAUAU